GCUAAACAAAUAUGGUACUCCUUAUAAGUUAGUGGUAUGCACAUCUUCAGUAUAUUCCACAAUCAUAUAUUAUCUAUACAUGACAACCAAACUCCCACGUAAGAUUGACCUAACAAUAUUUAGAAACUGUACAUGUAUUUGUAUAGUUUAACAAGUUUUCUUUAAAGCCAAUAAAACAUGAAGAACCUUAUAAUAUCCUACUUCCAAAACAAUAAUACCUAAAAACAGAGACAUCAUCUUCUUUAAUUCUACCUCAACAUUUCCACUUAUGUUAAUUUAACUACUUAGACCAAAUCACAUUAAUCUACAUUUAAAGAAUUCAGCUACUUAGAUUAAAUCACAUUAGUUUAGAAGAAUAAUGAAACUAUAAUUGAGGAGGUUAUAAUCUGUAUUAGCUUUAGACUCCAUGUGAGUUUUUGACUUUCCUUCUCUGUUUCAAGACAUUCUGAAACAAUGGAGAAUGAUAAUUGUAACAAGAAGAGUCUCUCAGAAGUACUUGAUGUCCGGCAAUUCAGGCACACGAAUUCCCCGGUAUUCUCUACCGCCAUUUUCGGGGUCAUAGUGCUGCUCGUUGUCGCGGGAACAAUCGUCUCAAACAUGUCACUAGAAUCAACUUUCUUCUGGUCUUCACCGACCUCUGAGGUAAUACAAAUAAACAAAAUGGAGAGAAAGUCAUUGGCUCCUCCAAAGAACAGUACAAGCAGAGAGAGGAUCGCUUGGCUUCGAUCACAUCUUACAGAAUUCGAGAUUUUUGGGUCAACCAACCUUUCAGAGCAGUUUCAUCAGAGGGUUGUUGACUCUCUCGACGACAAAUGUGAGGUUAGAUUCUUCAUGACAUGGUUUUCACCAGCAGAGUUUUUCGGGAAGAGAGAAAUUUUGGCUGUAGAAAGCGUCUUUAAAUCUCAUCCUCAAGGAUGCUUAAUGAUUGUAUCGGGAUCCUUGGAUUCUCAACAAGGAGAUAGCAUCCUAAAACCGCUAAUUGAUCGCGGUUACAAGGUUUUUGCAGCCACACCAGACAUUUCAUUGCUUCUUGAGAACACCCCGGCUAAAUCUUGGUUUCAAGAAAUGAAAAGCUGCAAAAGAGAUCCGGGAAAGAUACCGUUACAGCAGAAUCUUUCAAACCUCGCGAGGCUAGCAAUUCUUUACAAGUACGGAGGUGUGUACCUAGAUACCGAUUUCAUCGUCACAAGGAGCUUUAAAGGGUUGAAGAAUACUAUUGGCGCACAAACAGUGGUGGAAGGAGAUUCAAAGAACUGGACAAGGUUGAACAACGCGGUUCUGAUCUUCGAGAAAGAUCACCCGCUUGUUUUCAGUUUCAUAGAGGAGUUUGCUUCGACUUUUGAUGGGAACAAAUGGGGACACAAUGGUCCUUACUUGGUAACCAGAGUAGCGCAAAGAGCACGAGAAACGACUGGGGACAAUUUCACAGUACUGCCACCAGUAGCAUUCUAUCCAUUCACUUGGUUAAACAUUCCAAGACUGUUUCAAACGCCAAGGAGCAGCAAUGACUCGAGAAUACUCAAAACCGAUCUGGUGAAGCUGAACAGAGAAAGCUAUGGGCUGCAUCUAUGGAACAAGAUCACCAGAAAACUUAAGAUCGGUAAGGGCAGUGUCAUAGACAUCAUAAUUUCAGACCAUUGUAUUGUUUGCAGAGGAAUUCAGAGAUGAUUGGAAAUCAAAUAGAUGUGUUUGUGUAAGAUUGUGUCCAAAGCCCAAAUGGCUUUAGGCAAACACUUUUUUUUCUCACUUAUCAGCCAAAUACGGAAGAAUUUGAUUUCUGCUA